AUGUUCUCGAAAAAGUUCAAGAGCGACAACAGCCUCGAGCGUUUUGAAAUUGAUGAUAUGCUCAGCGCAAUCAAAGAUGUCCAAAAAGCAAAUAAGGACAUUCACACCAAGCGCAAAAGAGGCCGACCUGUUGUGAAAGAACAACAGAAGCACGAUGAAGCUGUCAGAGACCUCAUUGAGGCUUUUGGAGAAUGGUACAAUCGUCUGUACUGCGAAGCAAAAGAAACUACACCCAUUCAGACAGUCACCGGAGUUGAAAUACGAAGUGAUCCUCAAGCCCAGCAUGCGAUUCGCAAACUCUAUGAUCAUCUGAAACUCCGCAAGAAUCCAGUAUCCAUGGACGACGAGACAUGGCUCGCCAAACUAGUUGAACUGUCGAAAGCUUUCACCAGUCUCCUGCUCCAACCGUCCGCGCCGGAUCCUUACUCGCCAGAAACUUGGGUACCAGAAGAUUGGGAAGAUUUGCCGUUCCAAAAUUUGGAUCCAUGGUUAAAAGAACAGCCUGAACUUAGUGGAGCUCCGGACUUUGGAGAAGUUCCGUCCGAUGAAGAAAUGGCCGAGGAAGAUGAGACAGCCGCGGUGGAGACUUGGAAACACUGUCAAGAGAAUGACGGGGUCAAGAUUGGCAAAGUAGUCAGUGAGGUGUUGAGAGAAGACGAUGGUCAUGUACCAUAAUAGAUAUUCGGUUUUGGGGGUGCGGUGGAUGGGUUCCGAUCACGACGGCUACUUCAAGAUCAAUCACUGCAUAGAUCAUAGAUCAUGGCACAGAAGGUAUUAACUCAAU